CCGCGCCUGUGCCUUCCGAGGACAUCUAGUCCAGUUAUAAGACAGUCGCUCAGAGCGCUUGCACCCAUUUCCCAUUUCUUUUCCCCGAUACUUUCUCUCACGUUCCACCCUCCUCCGAAACUUCCUUUCGCAAGAUAUGGGUCAAACACUCUCCGAACCUUCUCAAGAGAAGAAAACGACUUUUGGCAGCAACGAUAGGCUAGCGUUCGCUGUGUCGGAAAUGCAAGGGUGGCGAAUCUCGAUGGAGGAUGCGCAUGCUAUAGAGCUUGAGAUUGAUGAGAGUGAACAUAACUCAUUCUUUGCUGUGUACGAUGGUCACGGAGGUGGGACGAUCGCUCGAUAUGCGGGGAAGAACGUACAUAAACGAUUGGCGUCUGAUGAUGCUUACAUCGCGAAAGACUAUCUUACGGCUUUCAAGAGAACAUUUUUGGGCACUGAUGAUGACCUUCGAGCUGAUCCGACCUAUUUUCAUGAUCCAUCCGGGUGCACUGCGGUCGCGGCCCUCGUCACGGCAGACAAGAUAAUAUGUGCCAACGCGGGUGAUUCUCGUGCAGUACUGUCGAUUAGAGGGGAGGCCAAACCUCUUAGUUACGACCACAAGCCUCAGAACUGGUCCGAAACCAGCCGCAUCAAUUCUGCGGGGGGUUACGUAGAGUUUAAUCGCGUGAACGGCAACCUUGCCUUGUCGCGUGCCAUUGGUGACUUUGAGUUCAAACAAAAUUUCGCCCUACCCCCCGAAAGGCAGAUCGUGACUUCGGACCCCGACAUCAUAGUUCAUGAUAUUUCCUCGGAUGAUGAAUUCUUUGUGAUGGCUUGUGACGGUAUAUGGGACUGUAUGUCUUCCCAAGAUACUAUGAGUUGGGUGAGACAUCAGAUCACGGAGCGAAAAUCGUUGCAACAGAUUUGCGAAGAUUGCAUGACCCGCUGUCUUUCUCCCGAUUCCGAUGUUGCUGGUGGUGUCGGAUGUGAUAACAUGACGAUCCUAAUCGUUGCGCUUCUUCACGGGCGAACCUUGGAUCAAUGGUACGAUUGGAUCAUUGAUCGGGUGGAGAAGAAAGUCGGUUACGACACCCCACGCUCCUUCGGCCCGCUAUACUCAGCUUCCCGUUAUGCACAUGCUGCAGCGGUACGCAGCGGUCUCGGCGAGGAUUCGCCUGGACACACACCUUUGUUACGACCCAGUGGAUUGUGGAACCGAUUUAAUUCCCCUCUCCAUCUUGGAAACAGUUUCACGGGUGGGGGUCUUGGUGCUGGGAACGAUGUCGAGCCCGAUGACGAAGAAGAUUUUGAGGACAGUGGUGAUGAACUCAUGGACGAGAGCCCGGAGGAGUCGUUACAUGCUAUACUCCGCAACGCAGGUUUGAAUGGGGUCAUUAGUGGCCCGGUGAGGCUUCAUGCUCCGCCUCAGCGGGAUCAGACAUCUUCGCUCCGGGCGCAGCUACAUGAACUUGACGAAGAUAGGGGUGGACAGGAGGGGGAUGGUGCCCUGGUGGAAGAUGACCUGUCGCAAGCAUCAAGCGACGAUCAAAGCCCCGUUCUUAACAUUGCAUCCAAUACCAUCACCAAUCGCCACAACCAAUCCUAGUAGCUUUGGGACCUUACACGCCGAGUGCUGCUGUCAAGUGGAAGAUCUCAUGGAUACGACCAAGGCGCCCAUCGGAUGUGGAAGUCUUUCAGGCCAAGCAUUUCUUCGUAAUCCCUACAAUGACACACACGUCCCCUUCUAGUGUUUUCCUCGCGCUCGCUGCUUCCUCUUUCCACACUCUACUCCUAAUCAUUCUUCUAGUCGUGCAAUCGGUGCAUUGGACCCCCCCAUGCAUGGUGAAUGAAAGCAUAAUACGCAUAUGAAUCCUAUACUUCCUUCCUAUUGGAGC